AUGGCUCUCAAGGACGCGCGCGCAAACAGUAAAACAGCAAAGCAGACGCUGACGAAUUCGCGCCACAUAGACAAGUUCCCUGCCUCCGAGGCCUUCGACGUCAUCAACGCAGCCCUGAACUCGAGCGACAGCGAGCGCAAGGACGCCAUCAAGCAGGGCGGUGCCGUCUUCGCCUUCACACUAAAGAACAAGGCCGGCGAGACCGCGAGCUGGAACAUCGACCUCAAGGAGACCGGCAAGGUCAGCAGCGGUGUCGGCGAGAAGCCUACUGCAUUCCGCUAUACUGCGGGUUUCCGUCCCCUCCGAAGGAGAACCGCUGCACAAUCUGCGAACCGUACUCUGACCCACGGUGGGACAGUCACCCUCUCUCUCUCGGACGAGGACUUCGGCAAGCUGGUCAGCGGCAAGGCCAAUGCCCAGCGCCUGUUCAUGUCAGGAAAGCUCAAGGUUAAGGGCGAUGUCAUGAAGGCCACCAAGAUGGAGCCCAUCAUGAAGAAGGCACAGACAACAAAGGCCAAGCUGUAA